AUGUGGAACAGAGGUUCUUGGCUUUAUAUAGGAAGAAGAAACUUUGAAGCAACCGGCUCUCUUUUCUAUAGAUUGUGGUGGAAUCUCCGACGUUAGUGGAAAAGACUGGCAACCAUUUUCGACCCAUAAAAAUAAAAUAAUAGCAGACGCCAAUGACACUUGUCUUUCAGAAUUAAAGAAUAAUUUCUAAGCAUGGAAGUCAUCUCAUACAGUUCUCCUCCAUGCUGUAAUUUCAAGAGGAGAUUAUUAGUAAAGAAACACUCAACAAGACAGCAAGUAAAGAUCUCUUUGUGCAAGAAACAUAGAAUUUUGUGUACUAGGAUUAAUAGCAGAAGUGGGUCACUGGGAUUUUCUAAUAAAGAUUACCCUUUGUUGAAGAAUGUCUAUCAUGGGAAAGGUUCAAGGCCGUUCAAUGCUCUUGAAGGGUCUAAAAAUGUUGAGUCCAAGGUCUUUAGUGGGAAUUAUAAUGGUUAUGUGAUUGGUAGAGAAGACGAGGUGGGAAGUAUGUCAGAAACUAGGGACUCAGUAACCAAAGUUUUGAUUCCGGGGUUGCCUGAAGAGUCCAAUGGCGAACGUGGAGCUCCUAUAAGCAGUUGUUUCUGGGAGUGGAAGCCUAAACUUAAUGUGCAUUACGAGAAAUCAGGUUGUGAAAAUGUGAAUUCUCCGCCACUGCUCUUUCUUCCCGGUUUUGGUGUUGGUUCUUUUCAUUACGAGAAGCAACUGAAGGAUUUGGGUCAUGAUUAUAGGGUAUGGGCAAUUGACUUUCUUGGGCAAGGCAUGUCAUUGCCGAUUGAAGAUCCCACUUCCCAAUCUAACGAGGAGACUAUCUCAGAAACGAAGGAUCUUGUGUGGGGAUUUGGGGAUGAAACUGAACCAUGGGCAAGUGAUCUGGCUUACUCUAUGGAUUUAUGGCGGGAUCAAGUUCGCUACUUUGUAGAAGAGGUUAUUGGUGAACCAGUGUAUAUUGUUGGUAACUCACUAGGAGGAUUUGUUGCUCUAUACUUUGCAGCAUGCAAUCCUCAAUUAGUGAAGGGUGUUACACUACUUAAUGCAACUCCUUUUUGGGGAUUUCUACCUAAUCCGAUAAGAUCUCCAAGGCUAGCAAGGAUAUUUUCAUGGUCUGGAACAUUUCCUCUACCAGAAAGUGUUAGAAAGCUGACAGAAUUUGUUUGGCAAAAAAUAAGUGAUCCUGAAAGUAUUGCGGAUAUACUUAAACAGGUUUACGCAGAUCAUUCUACAAACGUCGACAAAGUCUUUUCUCGUAUUCUUGAGACAACGCAACAUCCUGCUGCUGCUGCAUCAUUUGCUUCAAUUAUGUUUGCUCCUCAAGGAGAGCUUUCCUUCAGGGAGGCUUUAUCGAGGUGCCAUAUGAGCAAUGUGCCUAUCUGUCUGAUGUAUGGAAAAGAAGACCCCUGGGUGAAGCCUGUCUGGGGUCUUCAGGUGAAAAAGGAAGUUCCUGAUGCUCCAUACUAUGAGAUCAGCCCAGCUGGCCACUGCCCUCAUGAUGAAGUUCCUGAGGUGGUGAAUUAUUUGCUGCGUGGAUGGAUCAAAAACCAGGAAUCUCAGGGUUCAGUUGCAUUACCCUUACUCGAUGAAAUGGAAAAUAUUCAGGAUAGCAUCACCAAGAACUUAGAAUUUGUGAGAGAAGGAUCAAGCAAAUCAGUGAUAGUUCGUUUCUUUGGAUCCAGGUUCUCACUUUGGAACCGGAUGGAAUCUUAUUUUAAAUCUCGCUUUGGCAAGUUAGAAACCAAAUCACGAUAACAGACUAUAUUUUUCAUUUUAUCUCAAUGAGAAAAUGUAAAUUUCAGUCCACUCUCACGUAGCUGAAUGUAUGAUUAAUUAUUUGAUAUGAAUGAAUCACAGCUAUCAAGGCCUUCUGUAUUUGCUC